AUGGCGAGCUCGUCACACAAUCCUGCAGUACUACUGAAAAGAGUCCUGUCUCUAAGAGAGUCUUCGCCUUUCAUCUUAUGCGUUGACUGCAUAGAAAGAUCUGCAUCCAGUAUUGUGGAGGAGGUUUCGAGAGAAGUGGGUGAUUCCGCCACGAUCAUCUAUGUGUCUUAUGAAACGAAUAACAAACCUAGGUAUGCGACACACUUUGUGGAGGGGACGGGGUCAGAAGCUAGGCUUUUGGAUACUAUAAAAUCAUAUCUUCCAUCAAAGCCGUCACCAAGAAAGCAUCUAGUUAUCAUCGAUACACUGAACCUGAUACCAAACAACAAGUUAUCGCAAUUCAUCUCCAGCAUGGUAUCCCCUUCGGUAGUCCUGUUGGGCAUAUAUCACAAGCAACAGCCUGAAGUCAGGCCGAGUUCAAUGGAAAACUACCCAUCAUCACUGCAGCUGCUUCAAUUCAUGGCUACAUCAAUUCUGGAUUGCCAGCCGAUUACAGAAGACGCGGCUGCCGAAGAGAUGCUGGAUUCGAAGAUCCAAAAGCUUGUUAUCCCUCGAGGCCUCAACUCGCCUGUCUUUAAACUUGUGUUAACAAAUCGCAGGAAGUCAGGGCGGGCACUUACGUACAGCUUCCAGUUUGAUUCUCGUAAUCACACAUACAACGUUUUACAAGAGCAAGCAGAGAAUGAAAACACAGAAGAUGACAAAGAGGUGUUUGAGGGGCUUACAACCUUUAACCUUAAUAUCUCUAAUAGACAAAAAGCAGCUCGUGAAAAUGUGGCCUUGCCCUUCUUGGAAGCUCAGAGCUUCAAUGCUGGAGGUGCAAUUGUUUAUGAAUACGAAAAGGAUGAUGAUUAUGAUGAAGAAGACCCUUACGAGGACCCAUUUUAA